AUGAUUUCUCCGCUAGCUAUGACAAUAGAUGAUAUCGACAUAGCAGCUAAUGAAUUUCUCAAGCCACAAAUAUUCGAUAUUCCUUUUGAAAGCAUCACAACUACUGACAACCUUUGUGUAAUAGGAACCAAAAUAGGUGAAAUUAAGCUCAUAGACUUAGAAACCAAGCGUGAAAGCUUAAUUGAAAAAGUGGCUGAAAAAGAAAUUGCAGUAAAUGAUGAAAACGUUGAAGAAAUCUGGCUUGAUGCCAAAUGCCUUUCAUUUAUGUGAAACUCUGAUUUUGAAUAUGUUAAUGGCAAGCACUCUGCAGGAAUCAGCUGCUUAAAGACGUCAGCCAAUCAUCGCUAUCUGGCUUCAGGGACUUAUGAUGGAACAGUCAAAUAUUGGAACCUUCUUAAUGAAUCAUGAAUUUCGAGCGUAGAUCUCUAUUCUUCUGUGCUAACCUUGGAUAUAUCUUGCAACAACCAAUUUAUCGCUGCUGGCACUGCUGAUGCAUCUGUAUACAUAUGAGCCCUUGACAGCAACCAGCUGACUUUUUUGCAGGGACACACUGAUAAGGUGAAGUUAGUAAAAAUCACUGAAAAUUCGAAAUUUAUUAUCUCGAACUCUGAUGAUGGCACCUGCAGACUUUGAAGCGUGCAAACUAAAUCUCUUGUCAAAGCAAUCACUGAGAUCGAGUUUAUUUCUUUUUUUCAAACGACAAGUGAUAGCAAAACUGCUGUCGUCAUUGUCAACUUCACCUCUCUGUAUUUAUGAGGGAUUGAGGACUCCAAACUCGAAUUCAAGGAAAACAAUUCUGGACAGAUAAGCUGCUUAAACAUCACGAAAGAUGAUAAGUGGAUUAUUACUGGAUCAUCUGACAGCAUUAUUAGGGUAUGAAGUAUUUCAGACCCAGAUGAAAAAUUCAAUCUAGAAGGGCAUGAAGAUGAUAUAACUUGUAUGGACACCACAAGUGACAGCAAAUACCUUAUAUCAGCUUCUACUGAUUCUACAGUAAGAGUUUGAGAUUUAAACACCAAAAGGCAUAUAGAGAUUUCAGGUAGAUGGCGCGGAAUGCGCCAUCAUCGGGCCAUAUCGGGAGAGGGUUCUCCAUGAGGAAUGGUUCCACGUGUGGAACCCUCUUUUUCCACGAGCCAAAAAGAGGGCUCCACACGUGGAACCAUUCCUCGUGGAGAACCCUCUCCCGAUAUGGCCCGAUGAUGGCGCAUUCCGCGCCAUCUACCUGAAGUCACUAUAUUUAUUCCCUAGAGGGAAAUAAUGCCCAACACAAAUUUUUGAAAAUCACUGCAAACAACAGGUUUAUUAUUUGCGGAUCAUAUGACUAUUUUAUUAGGAUCUGGAGAACUGAAGAGCGGUCAAAGGAAACUGUUUUCUCUGGGCAUGAAGGCGAAGUGAGGCACUUGCAGAUCACAAAUGACGACAGGUUUAUUUUUUCUGCAGGAUCAACAGACAAUACAAUUAUGAUAUGAAACUCAGAAAAGCAUAAAAAAAUUGCCUAUUUAAGCUGCCAUGAAAGAGAGGUCACAGCUUUAUCUCUAUCACCUGACAGUGAAAUUCUCAUUUCAGCAUCAUCAGAAGAUAAGCUGCAAAUUUGGAGGCUUAACAACAUGAAAUUGUGAGGAACCACGAGAAAAAUUGAAAUCAAAGUUCAUUUACUCCAAAUUGCUUCUGACAAUUUCCAUAUAGUUUCUGCAUCACUUGACAAUAAAGUCCGAAUUUGGAAUGUCGUCGAGCCAGACUACGAAAUUGUCUUAUCUGGGCAUGCUGACACCAUAACAGCUCUCUUGAUAACUAAGGAUUGCCAAAAGAUAAUCACGGCAUCAAGAGACUACACUCUUCGAGUGUGGAGCAUCGAAGCCUCUUGAGAAAUCUCAGUACUAAUUGGCCACGAAGACCAUGUUACCUGUCUUCAAUUAUCAAAAGAUAAUAAUUUUGCGAUUUCUGGAGGAGAUGAUAAUAAUAUUAUCAUUUGGAGCUUGUUUACGUUUGAACUUGUUACAGUUCUGAAAGGGCAUAAAAAUGAAGUUAAGUGUCUUCAGCUGACAAGGGACCAAAAAUUCAUAGUUUCUGGUUCGAAUGACAAAACAAUCAGAAUUUGGGAUUUUUAUGACAGAAGGCAGAUCGCCGUUUUGAAAGGACAUGAAAAAAGAGUGAGAUGUAUAGAAAUUACAAAUGAUAGCAAAUAUAUAGUUUCUGGAUCAGACGAUUGCACUGUAAGAGUUUGGAAUAUAAAAGAAAGAAGGCAAGAGAGAGUCCUGAAAGGGCAUGAAUUGGCUAUUUGCUGCAUAAAAAUAGCAAGCAAUGAUAAAUUUUUUGUGACGUCUUCGAAAGAUAAAACAGUCAGGGUAUGAAAAAUAGAUGAAGUUGUUAUUCGGAAACAAAACGCAUUAAGCAAGAAAAAUUUAUUGAAGGUCUAUGGCUAUGACUCAGGAAUAUCAAAUCAUAUUUUCAUGAAAAAGCUUAUCAACAGAGUAGUCCCUGAAACUGCUAUGAUAGCUGCCGAAAUUGGCCCGAUGAAAAUAAACCUCCUUCAUUACUAUUGUUUCUAUGAUUUGGCUGACUUAUUAAGAAAAGCCCAAGACCUAGGCGCAGCAAUGUUUCGGGACAAUUUCAAUAGAAGCCCUUUAUAUUACGCAAUUGAGCGGCAAUCUAGAGAAUGCUUGGACCAUCUACUAAAUAACAUUAUAAAUUGCAAAAUUCAAGAUGUCUUGGAGCAGUCUAUGCAUGCCUUACGAGACGAUAUUAUCAAACUUCUGGACGCUCAUUCUCCUCAAGUACUCCCUUUUCUCGAAUCAGCAUUCCGGAAAAUGGACAGCAAAGACUUCAUAUUUUUGGCUACUCCUCGAAGAAAACUACCAAUCACUAUUUUCUCACCCACGAUUUUGCCUCAAAUAGAAGAUUUUGUCUUUGAUAAGGACUAUUCAGGCAGCAACCGCAAAUUCUUAGUGCAAAUUUGAACCAGCUCUCUAAACUGAAAUUUUCAAAAUGGAUCAAGAGAUAGUAUAAAAUUCUUACGAGCUAUCCACAAAUGCCCGAUUAUAGAAAUAUAUACAACUGCUUUUAUCCAGUCAGUUAUCAGAAUGAAGUGGGACUCGUUUAAGAAAUUUAAUGCUAUUUUAACAGCUAUUUAUGCUUUAAAUAUUGCCUUCUUAACUUGAAUCCUUGGAAUGAAUGGGGAUGUAGACAUUGGGCUUUUUAUUGCAUUUUGAAUCGUGAACUUCUUAUUGCUGGUUUAUGAAUUUUUGCAGCUUUAUUCAUCAAAACGAUUUUACUUUUUGAGUUCACUAAACUACCUAGAUAUAUCAAGACUGAUCUUAAGCUAUGUCUGAAGCAUUAUUGGCGCAACAGGGAACUUUUAUGAAGUCCUUUCUUUUUUCACAGUGAUGACCAACUUCUUAACUCCCCCUCUGUGAGCGAACAAAAACCAUUGGAAAUCCAGAUUUUUUGCUAAAAUCCCUCCAUCAAAAACAUUUUUUUAAUAUACAAAGUUUUUGGGAUUCUUUUAAAUAUUUUAGGAAAAAUUUACUAUAUAAAAUUAUAUAAUAAAUUGUUUUUUUAAAAAAAAAUAAACCCCUUUGUGAGUUAAUUAACAAAAUUUUUGUUAUUCAACCAUUAUGGAGGAGUAAGAGGCUUAGUCUACUUCAGAACCUUUGAUAAGACAAGGUUUUACGUUAGACUAAUCAUAAAAGCUGCUUUUGACACUCUUACCUUCCUGCUUAUCCUUCUUUACUCUACUUUUGGCUUUGCAGUGCUUUAUAUAGCCAGCUCCAGCAAGCUCGACCUUCGAUCUGCUUGAAAAUUGAGCUUUGAAUUAGACAUGGGAGCCUUCAAUAACGAUGGUGCAAAUUGGAUUGAAUAUUGGAUUUUUUCUCUGGCGUCUAUUAUUAAUGUAAUAUUGAUGCUGAAUCUUCUGAUCUCAAUUCUUGGGAAAUCUUUUGACGACUUUCAGCAAAGCCAGGAAUCAAUGGACUACAAAGAAAUGCUUGAUGUCAUUAUUGAAUUUGAGUCGCUGAUGUAUUGAGCCAGAAAAACUGGAAAAAGAACUUAUCUGCAGAAAUGCGAUUAUUUUAAGCAGAGAAGGGAGAAGAAAGAAGAUAGAUUAAAUUAUAUACAAUUCUGUUUAUAAUCACUCUUUUAAGAAGAUAGACUCAUAUACUACUCCGCAAGGUUGUAGAGGUAUAAGUAACUUCCACCUUAGCAUAAGCUGGGCUGAAACAACUGACCUCACCUUAGAAGAUUUCUAAUCGAUCUGCCCCCACGAAUUCCCAGAACCUCCAUCCAUGUUGCACCAAUUCUGGCGCCAUGCUAAAGUGCUCAAAAAUACAAAUUUAACUAAAGGGGCACCCAACAUAGGCAGCCUUCUAUAAAAAAAUUGCAUCCGGAUAUGCAUAAGGACACUGGAAAACAGAUUCUCUUCACUUGCCAUUUUAUGUAAGCAAGAGAUAAAUUAAAAUAUUCAGAAGAGAUCGAAAGCCUAAAGACAAGCUUGAGUGAAUUUCAGAAUAAUAGCGAGAAAGCUAUAAAUGAAAAGUUUGAUCUGAUAAAUAAAAGAUUAGGUAGUUUAGAAAAGCAAAUGAAUAGCCAAGAAGGGAAAAUUGAUGUAAUUCUGGAAGCCUUAAAGCCAAAAAAUUAG